AUGGCCGCAUACAAACCGCUUUCGACACUCUCACAGGAUCAGAAAGACGCAUAUGCCCGAGAUGGAUACGUGUUUAUCUCUGGACUUAUCGAUGAGAACGAGCUCCCCGCGUUUCGGGAGGCAUGUGAUCGCGUGGUGGCCAAAACUCGGGCGGGAGAAUGGCCACAUCGACGUAUCGUGGGGAAACAGUUUCCCCCAUUUGUUGGGGAUGAACCCGACUCGUGGGGAGUGCAGCAUAUCAUGCAUCCAGACCUCCAUGAACCCAUAUUCGUGCGAUGGUACGGGUCCGAGGCACUCGUUGGGGCCGCGACCUCGCUCUUGAGGUGUAAGGAAGAAGAUGUCCAAAUGGGUGAGCCUAGCCACUCGAUGUUCAUUCUGGGGUUGUUUGUCAUAAAGAUUGACGUUCUCCAUCUUAUUUGUCAUAUUUCCUCAUCGAAGAAUUAUUCAAUCUUCUCAUUAAUCCGGAUCGACACACAUUUGCGUUGCGAUGGCAUAGAGAUGAUACCCGAAACGGCAACUCUCGAAGAGGAAAUAGCAGCUCUGAAAACCAACUUUUAUGGCGUGCAGUGGAACACCGCACUGUACGAUGAUGCAUGCCUGUUCGUUGUACCAGGGUCCCACCGCGAGCCCAGAACGCCGGAACAGAGGCUGCUAUCAUCGACACAAGAGGCUCCUGAAGAUCCUAUGGACAUGCCUGGAGCAAUUUGUGUCAAACUUAAAGCCGGAGAUACGCGAGCCACACUCCAUGCCAAUAUGGGUGACAUCCGAGGCGGCAACCGACGGGCCCGAAUGAUUUUACAGCACCAGGUGGACUGGGUCCGAGGCGAUGCGUUUGCGUCCACGCUGAAGCCCGAGGGUUCUCCAAAUGAAGACAAGGUGGCAACACGAUUGAAGGGAAUGCGAGAUAGGUUACUUGCCAUGGCUGAUUCGGUUAACUUCCAACAGCUAGGAUACUCUCAACAAGGAUAA